AGUCCGAGGCAGUCAGGGGGACAGAUGCGGAUCACGUUGACUUAAAUUGUCCUUUUUUUGGUGGCUGUUAGUCGGUGGCAGCAGGUCGAGGCUUUAUCAAACGCGCAGACAUCAUCUAUUGUGGGAAAUGCCGCUUGUAUAAGGUGUUUUUGAUCUGUCUUUCACCGCUGAGGAAACGCCAGUGUGUUGGUAAAGACUGUCAGCAGAUACAGAAGACCCGUCAGACCAUGAACUACGUGGGCCAGCUGGCAGGCCAGGUGUUUGUCCAGGUCAAAGAGCUCUACCGAGGCCUCAACCCCGCCACCCUUUCUGGCUGCAUCGACGUCAUCGUAGUGAGACAGCCGGAUGGAUCCCUGCAGUGCUCACCUUUCCAUGUUCGCUUCGGCAAGAUGGGAGUCCUCCGGUCCCGGGAGAAAGUGGUGGACAUGGAGAUCAACGGAGAACCGGUGGAUCUGCACAUGAAGCUUGGGGACAAUGGAGAAGCAUUCUUUGUGCAAGAAACAGAAAAUGAUCAGGAAGUGGUUCCCUCCUACCUGGCCACCUCUCCCAUCAUGUCAGAUGGGGCCAUUCUGAUGAGCUCCUCCCUGAUGGGGAAGAGCUCGGGGACGCCCAUACAGACCCUGGGCUCCACGGGGAGCGCGGGAGAGACUGGCAGUUCGAUGAUGAAGAAGAGGAGGAAGAGGAGGAGGAAGGCUCGGGCGGACAGCGUGAGGAGGGAGGAGAGCGGAGAAUACUCAGAGGACGAAGACAUGUUCACCAUAGACAUCAGCUCAGAUGAGAUGGCAGAGAUUGAAAGCAACAGGAGUUCAUCUCGGGAUGUUUUAAGAGAGGAGACCACAGCGGGUCCGACCAGCGGCUCUUUCAAACAGACGGGCAUCUACACUCGAUCAGAUGGAGAGUGGAGCCCCAUUCAGAGCCCUGGAAACUCUCGUCCCACCUCCCCUAAGAGCGACUCUGAACUCAUGACUAAGACGUCAGACGCAGACAAUCAAAAUCCCACCAUGCACUGGGCGUGGGGAGAGCUGCCACAGGCUGCUACGCCGUCCUUCCUCCCACUGAAAUCUGACCCUCCACCAGUUUGCCCAGUAUCCAUCCCCGUGUCUGAGAGCACACACUUCCGCGUGAUAACUCAUGAGACGUCGUCUGAACAGUGCAGACCCUGCUCUGAGAUAUCGGCACCCAGACUGCUGAUGCCGGAGGAGAUCACUGAGGAAUCAGUUGUGAUGGAGUCUGUAUCCAUGAGGGUGGAGACGCAGACGGCGGGAGGUGUGGCAGCUCGUAUCGUGUCUGACAUGGAGGAGACGAUGCCUCGUCUACCGGGCAAGACAGACUCUCCGUCCAAGAGAAAAGACAAGAGAAGCCGCCAUCUUGGCUCUGAUGGGAUUUACCUGGAUGACAUCACAGAGCUCGAGCCUGAAGUGGCGGCCCUCUAUUUCCCUAAAAAUGACGGCGGAGCAGCAAUGAGGAGCAACUCAGACCCGGGCCUCCACAGCACCAGUCUGUCCCCACAGUCCAUCAGCUCUGGAGGAGACAGCGGAGUGGACAGUUACUGCGACUCCAUGGCUGACAUGCCAUCUAUCGCCAUCUCCUUGUGCGGAGGACUCAAUGACAACAGGGAGAUCACUAAAGAGCAGUUCCACGAGAAGAUCAUCUCUUACCAGCAGUUUUCGGAAAACCCCUCCAUCAUCGACGACCCCAACUUAGUCGUGAAAAUUGGCUCCAAAUACUAUAAUUGGAGCUCUGCGGCUCCACUCAUGCUGGCUAUGCAGGCAUUUCAGAAACCGCUGCCAAAGGCUACCGUGGAGAACAUCAUGAAGGAGAAGAUGCCCAAGAAAGGAGGGAGGUGGUGGUUCUCGUGGCGAGGCCGAAACAGCAGCACCAAAUCGGACUCAGUGUCAGAGCUUGGGGCCUGCGGCUACACUGAGCAGGCUGGGAAUCUGUCAAGCAGACAUAAAGAAGAGUCGUCCUCUAGCGAUGAAGACCACAGGGCAGCCAUACAGAGCUCUGCCUCCAUCCAAUCAGAGCUGUCCUCAGGAGGCGUCUCUUAUAAGAAAACACUUCGACUCACAUCAGAGCAGCUGCUGUCUCUCCAGCUGCAGGACGGUCCUAACGAUGUUGUGUUCAGUGUGACCACUCAGUACCAGGGAACCUGCCGCUGUCAGGGAACCAUCUACCUCUGGAACUGGGACGACAAGAUCAUCAUCUCUGAUAUAGAUGGAACCAUCACCAGGUCGGACACAUUGGGUCACAUCCUGCCCACACUGGGGAAAGACUGGACCCACCAGGGCAUUGCACACCUCUACCACAAAGUCAGCCAAAAUGGCUACAAGUUCCUGUACUGUUCAGCUCGAGCUAUCGGCAUGGCUGACAUGACGCGAGGAUACCUCCACUGGGUCAACGAGAGAGGCACCAUGCUUCCGAUGGGCCCCGUCCUGCUCAGCCCGAGCAGCCUCUUUUCAGCUCUGCACAGGGAGGUGAUCGAGAAGAAACCAGAGAAAUUCAAGGUGGAGUGUCUCAACGAUAUCAAGAACCUCUUCUACCCAAACACUCAGCCCUUCUAUGCAGCUUUUGGCAACAGACCAACGGACGUAUAUUCCUAUAAAGAAGUUGGAGUGCCACUGAACAGGAUUUUUACAGUAAACCCUAAAGGUGAGCUGGUGCAGGAGCACGCCAAGACCAACAUCUCAUCUUAUGUCCGUCUGGGUGAGGUGGUGGACCACGUGUUUCCUCUGAAGGUGCGAGCCUCCUCCUCAGACUUCCCCUGCUCAGACACCUACAGCCACUUCACCUACUGGAGGCAGCAGCUCCCUCGAGUGGACCAUCAGGGAACUACACCUCCUCAGACUCCCCAUCCCAGCAGCUGACUACCUGCGGCCUGCUGAGCACUGACGUGUGUGUGAUGCGACUUUGUAGAUUUUUGUAGCAGAUGGAGCACUUUGAGUGCACAGCGGACAGGGAGCUACUUAAAGGGUAUGCUUGGAGUUAUUCAACGUGGAUCCUAUUUUUUUCCAUGUGUUUGUGUCUAAGUGAGUAAUGAAGAACGUUUUUUGAAGCUGGUCCAGUAUUGAGCGAGCGCACAGAAACAGCCUGCAAUAUAACCACUUGGGACUUUUGUGUGCUGUCAAUAGACCUUUUUGUGUAAAAGUAAGGUCGUUCAAUGUAAGAAGCUGCAAAAAAGGACUAAGUUACAGUGCACACUUUAAAAGAGCUGAUAGGACCACAUUUCACCGGAGUCGUAUGUUGAGUUUUAUGAAUCCAUGUGACAAAUGAUUGAUUUUUGUUUAACCAGAAACAGUCCAGAAAUCGCUAUCACCACAUCGACCAAACUCCAUUUAAAUAAACUGUCAUUUUAGCGAGUACCAAGCCAACAUAUUUUCACAUCUAACUGAGGUAAUUAAGGGCUUAUUUCAGCCAAACCAGAGUUGGUAAUUUGAGGAACAGUGUAAAAAAAAAAAAAAACAACCAAGAUGGUUUUUGUGAGUUUUAUUUUGUUUCUGUCAACUUUGAACACCUUUACUUAAUUGGAGUUUGGUGGAUUUGGCAGUAGGAUUUUGGGGCUGUUUCUCACACAAUAAAAAAGUCUGCCUCUGUAGGGAUCCUUUCCAAUGUUGUCAGACACUUGUAAUAGCAACCUGAGCCUGUCAGCGGCAAAAACAAACACUUUCAGUGGACAUUAAUAGAGGAUGUGGACAGGCCCAGAGUGGUUACAUUGCUGCAUAUUUUGCUCUUGCUCAAUACUGGACCAAUUUUUAUUUUAUUUUAUUUUUUUAAACAUUGUUCCAGUUAUUCACUUGGACACAAAAACAUGGGAAAAUAGAAUACAGGUUAAAAAUCCCAAACUUACCCUUUAAGUAAGUGCUGUGAAUACUCUAAAAACGCACAAGAUGGAUGUAAGCGCACUUUUAUGAGAAGAGGGCCUCUUUAGCCUUCUGACUAGAUAUAUGUAUAUGAGAAAUGAAAAUAAUUUAUUCAGGCAGCUUAGCACACAUUAUUAUUGAGUGACUGUUGACAUCAUUUAAGUAGCUAGACUUUCUAGGAUAUUUAUGCAGACAAUCUCAUAUUCUAUCAACAGACUAUACAGCGGCUGUGCAGCCACGCGUCGCACACAUCAGAAAGCAAGUUACUCAAACUUGUGCCAAAUACUCUAUUUAGAAUUUAUUUUCUUACUUUGAACUUUUGAAGUCGAGACUGUUACCGAUCCUCAAUCAGCAGAUACAUACCUGCAGGUUAAUUUUACUUAAUAGCAACAUGUGUGUGUGUGUUAUCAAUUAUUCUGUUUGAGUUACGCAGUAUGUUAAAAUGUAUUACAGAGCACAAUGAAUGAAUGAUCAUCUAUGUAUCUUGAUAUUAUCCUGACAGAGGGUAAAUCAUAGUUCAGAAUAUUUAUUGUUGGGACAUGUUGACAAGAGAAAGCACAACAUUUAAAAUGGUCAAAAUAUUAGCUUUCUCUUUUUUAAAAAAAAUGUAUCGUGAGACGAGUGGCUGAAUAAUUUUUAUUUUUAUAUUGAAAUCACACAGUGUGUACAUGUUGUGAUGAGAAUGUCAUGUCUGUGGUGGCCUUCAUGAAACGCCUUUUAAUUUAUCCGGUUACAGUUCAUACAAUGUAGCUGUUGCAGUCUCUAAGAUUUAUACUUGUUUCCAUAAAUGCAAUUUGACAUGAUUUAUUUAUGACUGAUAUCAAAUGUACAUUAUAUGAAACAUUACCCCUUGGGUCUUUUACUGCAGCGUUACUGCCAUUUUAGCCAGAGUCUGAAAACCUUUAUCGGACUGUCCGCAGCUCAGAUGCUGCAGUAUUGAGAGGAAUGAGAGACACUUAAGAAGUGCUCUUUAUUUCUUACGAUACCACAGAUAAGAGUUUAUGCAUGUGCAGGAGCUGCUAUCAUAGUGACCUGCGUGAUUUCUCAGUGGUUUUACUGUGAACAUCCCCACCUGAACGGACGUGUUGAGUAAGUGUGUAGUUUAUGAAAUGAAGUAUGUAUAUAAAUUAUAUUAUUCUUUCAAUGAAAGAGCUAAAGUAGCCUAAACACGUUUAUCUUUGCCUUAAGUAUGAACAAAAUGAUCAAUAAUUUGUUCUUUUACUCCCUCCACUUAUUCUGUUGACCAGUUCACUGUUAAAUUGAUGUAAUCAAAGUCAAUAAAAUAAUGCCUUGGUACA